CUCUCCUCCUCAUCCAUGGCCGGGGCAGCACCCUCGGAGGACGCGCUCCGCCGGGCGCUGGCGGAGAGGCAGGCGGCCGUGGACGCGCAGGCCGAGGCCGUGCGGUCGCUCAAGGCCUCUGGCGUCAAGACCGGCGUGGACGCGGCGGUCGAGGCCCUCAAGGCGCUCAAGAUAGAGGCCGGCGCGGCCGCGCGCAGGCUGCAGGCCGCUGUCGGCUCCGGCGGCGGCGGCGGCGCGCGCGAGGAGUUUCGCCAGGCGGUGGCCAACACCCUCGAGCGCAAGCUCUUCUACAUACCGUCCUUCAAGAUCUACCGCGGCGUCGCCGGCCUCUACGACUACGGGCCGCCCGGGUGCGCCGUCAAGUCCAACAUUCUCGCCUUCUGGAGGCAGCAUUUUGUUUUGGAGGAGAACAUGCUGGAGGUUGACUGCCCCUGCGUCACCCCUGAGGUUGUUUUGAAGGCAUCAGGUCAUGUCGAGAAGUUUACUGACCUCAUGGUUAAGGAUGAGAAGACAGGCACAUGCUACCGCGCUGAUCACCUGUUGAAAGAUUUCUGCAAGGACAAGCUUGAGAAAGAUCUCACCUUGUCCCCUGAGACGGCUGCUGAGUUUAAGCAUGUCCUUGCUGUACUAGAUGACCUCUCUCCAGAGCAACUCGGUGCAAAGAUCAAGGAAUAUGGCAUUGUUGCUCCUGAUACAAAAAACCCACUCUCUGCUCCCUACCCAUUCAACCUUAUGUUCCAGACAUCUAUUGGCCCUGCUGGUCUUAGUGUGGGGUAUAUGAGACCAGAGACUGCACAAGGUAUUUUUGUCAACUUCAAGGACUUGUACAACUACAAUGGACAAAAGCUCCCCUUUGCAGCAGCUCAAAUCGGUCAAGCAUUCCGUAACGAGAUCUCUCCACGUCAAGGUCUUUUACGAGUGCGUGAAUUCACAUUGGCUGAGAUUGAGCACUUUGUAGAUCCUGAGGACAAAUCACAUCCCAAAUUUGCCGAUGUUGCUGAUUUGGAGUUUUUGAUGUUCCCGAGAGAUCUGCAACUCUCAGGGGAGUCAGCCAAGUUACUGAAGCUUGCAGAUGCAGUUUCAAAGGGAACUGUUAAUAAUGAGACACUUGGUUACUUUAUUGGAAGGGUCUACCUUUUCUUGACUCGUUUGGGAAUUGAUAAGAGCAGAUUGCGCUUCAGGCAGCAUCUACCUAAUGAGAUGGCUCACUAUGCUGCUGACUGCUGGGAUGCAGAGAUCGAGUGCUCUUAUGGAUGGAUAGAGUGUGUAGGCAUCGCAGACAGAUCUGCAUAUGAUUUAAAAGCUCACUCCGAGAAAAGUGGUGUUACACUUGUUGCCCACGAAAAGUUUACAAAGCCUAAAGAAGUUGAGAAACUUGUUAUAGUGCCCUCAAAGAAAGACCUAGGGCUUGCUUUCAAGGGCAAUCAGAAGAUGGUGGUUGAAGCAUUGGAGGCUAUGAGUGAGAAGGAAGCAAUGGAUAUGAAAGCUGCAUUGGAAUCUAAGGGGGAGACAAACUUCCAAGUAUGCACUCUUGGGAAGGACGUGGUGAUUACCAAGAAAAUGGUAUCGAUCAGUAUGGAGAAGAAGAUGGAGCACCAGCGAGUCUUUACCCCUUCAGUUGUGGAACCUUCAUUUGGCAUAGGGAGGAUAAUCUAUUGUCUGUUUGAACAUUCGUUCUACACAAGGCCUAGCAAGUCCGAAGAGGAACAGCUCAAUGUGUUCCGGUUCCCUCCUAUCGUGGCUCCUAUCAAGUGCACCGUGUUCCCGCUGGUAAAGCUUCCGGAGCUCGAUGCUGCUGCCAAAGUGCUUGCUAAAGAAUUAACAGCUGCAGGCAUAUCACACAUUAUUGACACGGCUGCUAUUUCUAUUGGGAGGAGGUAUGCAAGGACAGACGAGAUCGGCGUUCCUUUCGCGGUAACAGUUGAUUCUGUAACGGAGGUGACAAUCCGAGAGAGGGACAGCAAGCAGCAGGUCAGGGUGGGCAUCAAUGAGGUGGCAUCCGUGGUGAAACAGCUGACGGAGGGCCAAAGCACCUGGACCGAUGUUGAAUUUAAGUAUCCCAGCCAUCUCGGUCCCCAAGAUGAUCAGGAGUGAUUAUCGUUUCACAGUUUGAACCGUCACCAGACAGAUGACCGAAGUUGUUCAGUUGACUGAACAGGGUGAACUUCUAUAUUCCAGUUGCCCUAAGUUGAGUCAAUACUGGCGUUGAUGCAAUUUGCAAGGCAGAGUUCUGCUUUCUUACAUGCUACAUUGCUGCACCGCUUGUCAAGAUCUUACCUAUACAUUUUGGGAAUGGUUUAUCAUAGUAAAAGUGACAUCAUUGAUCAUUUACUUAUCUCAGUUGCAAACCUCUCUGUAGGCUUUCUUAAGGAUUAAGUUUAAAGUUGUAACGAAGCUAUUGAAUUUUCAACCUUAAACCUACUUCUGGC